AAAAUAUGCUACUUACCCGCAUCUGGAAAGAUAGAAUUGCAAAACAUCAGGAAAAUUACAUCAACCCGUUAAAAUGAACCACUUUCUUCUCAAACUCACCAUUUUAAUUGUUGUACUCGCAGACUUUGCAUCGCUUAAGUUGAAUGCUCGCCUUGCUCACUGCUGAGCCAGCCGUGUGUGUGAAAUGCCACUUAGCAAGAAUCGAAAUUACGUUGCAAGAACCUCCCUUGUGUUUUGGCUUUACAGCAUGUGUGUGCGCAAAGCCUAACCUAAAAUGUAUUUCUCUCUUCUCUUCACAGUUGUUUUGUGACAGUAAAACGGUGGUGCGGGCCACAGAGGGGCUGGAUUGGGAAGACAAAGACGCUCCGGGGACAUUGGUCGGGAAUGUGGUCCACUCGAGGAUCAUCAGUCCCCUGCGCCUGUUUGUUAAACAGUCUCCAGUCCCAAAGCCCGGACACUUGGCCUAUGCAGACAGCAUGGAAAACUUCUGGGACUGGCUGGCCAACAUCACGGAGGUUCAGGAGCCCCUGGCAAGAACUAAACGGAGGCCAAUAGUAAAAACGGGGAAAUUUAAGAAAAUGUUUGGAUGGGGCGACUUCCAUUCCAACAUUAAAACUGUUAAACUCAACCUCCUGAUCACAGGGAAAAUUGUUGACCACGGAAAUGGAACCUUCAGCGUUUAUUUCCGACAUAAUUCCACAGGCCUGGGCAACGUUUCGGUGAGCUUGGUACCCCCCUCCAAAGUGGUGGAGUUUGAAGUUUCCCCGCAGUCUUCCUUGGAGACCAAGGAAUCCAAAUCUUUCAACUGUCGCAUCGAGUAUGAAAAAACAGAUCGGGCGAAGAAGACCGCCCUGUGCAACUUUGACCCGUCGAAGAUCUGCUACCAGGAGCAGACUCAGAGUCAUGUGUCUUGGUUGUGCUCCAAGCCCUUCAAGGUCAUUUGCAUUUACAUUGCCUUUUACAGUGUUGACUACAAACUCGUGCAAAAGGUCUGUCCUGACUACAACUACCACAGCGAGACUCCCUACUUAUCUUCUGGCUGAACCUUCCCGCAGUGACAGAAAUGAGGGAGGGAUAUGGAUUUAAUGAGAAUGACCGCGAACCACGCCCAGCUCUUCCUGGUAAAGGAUCCCAUGUGUGUUUCUGGCAGUGAACCUUAGUUCCCUAAUAGGUUUACAAAUAUUUUUUUUUAUAAAAAGGAAAAGGAAAGGAAACAUCUUCAAAUGUGAAGUGUGUUUGUUUCGAUCAUAAGCACCUUAACCUAAAGAGUCAAACUGUUUAUGAAGCCAUCGCUUUCACAUAGGAUGGCGAAGCCCUUGGAAUAUGGUUGUUUCUCUACAAGAAGCUUCAACGGUAGCAACAUGUAGCAAGACAGAGUCGAGUUAUGCAUGUGACGAACAUUGCUCUUGAAGUGAGCCCGCCUUGAACUGUACUUUGGAAGGUUACCUUUAAAAUAGAUUCAGUAAAGUAACUGAAAAGAUUGUAUUUGAUAGAUGAAUUGCACUUCUGACAUCGGAUUUUUAUUUUAUUUUAUUGCUGUGUUUUCCCCUACAUCUGGGCUGUUACAGAUAGGAGAGAUGAAGAGGUGAAAUUUGUUUUGAAAAAUUCGUGUGUGAAGUUACAGUGUCACAGUGGAACUAAAUACGUUAUUAUCUGAGCUAGAGUUGAGCGAAUGUGGUUUGAACACUUAGCCCUCUGUUGGUCACCGUCCUUAUAAUGCUCAUCUGAGUGGUAAUAUUGGUGUAUUGGGAAAGCAAAUCUGGAUAUAUUAUAAGUCAGUUCAACAGUAAUGAAGAUCAUGAUGUUUUUAGAUUCUUUGGCCAAAUUCGGUGCUGUGAGAGAUUGUCAAAAUGUCAUAAAUCUGUAUUCACCCUAUAACCUAUAACCUCAUUCUACUCAUUUGGUAGUAUGAUUUUUAUAUAGGUGUGUCGAACAACUCUGCAAUGGAGAGAAAGGGAUUGUCUCUUAGACUAGAUUAGGAUAAAAAUUGGAAGUGGAGGGAGGAAAUUCCAGGAUUAUGGAUUCAUUAUUUCUAGCUCCCAGGUCAAGUUUUCUUUGCAUUAUUAAUUAUUUGAGCAAGGAAUCAAAUUCUACGUGGAAAUAGAGUAUAUUUAAACAUUAGCAAUUAUUAGUAAGUACUGAUAACCAAGAUACCUGACUCACCAGGCUUUUGAAAUUAUUUACAAAUUAAUGUUUCUUCGCAGUCGGUGUUCUUCGCAUCUUCUCUGCGGGGUGGACAGUCAGCCUGGAUGGUAGAACCGGCUGAUCUUGGAAUGAGCACAGAAUGGGGGUGACCAGUUAAAAGGUUUCUAGAAUUCAUAAGACUUAUGGAAUGGUUACCCUUUUUCACAUGUUAACUUUUAGAUGUUAACUUCUCCUCCCCCCUUCUUAUCUGUAAAAUAUCAAUUAAAAUAAAACAUUAGAUUGAGGACUGAAGGAAAACCAGUCCCAACCAACAAAAUGCUCUCGGCACACUACUGAAAAAGCCCGCGGCUCCGUUCUUUAUUUGGCAUCUCCAUUCCUUUCCUUUCCCUGCUACCUGCACAGUGUUUGAUUUUUGUCUUUUGUAAAAAUCGUACUAGGGUUAGUGUGUGGUAGUACAGGCUUGAAAUUUUUGCUCUGAGUCUAUCAGAUGCUUUUGUAAUUUUGUGGUUGGUGUGAAAUAUUUUGAGACAUCUUUUUAUUUUCAUCUAGAAACAAGAUUAAAAUACUAUUUAUUGUAAAAUAUGUGGGAACCAUAUAUGUAUAUAUACUUAGAAUUUUCUGUGUACAGAGAAAGUAUGUGUACACAUUUCUAUG